CGUCGCGAGCCAGGCGCGCACUGUCAACCAGCCGCAGUCGGAUAUAUUCAUUGAUAAAAAAAAAACGGAUUAUGAGGAUUUGUGAAGAAGUCAUCAAGUAGCAGUGUUAAUAAACGUCAGGAUUAGUGCGGAUUUCAUCCCGUGUUUCCACAACAAUGCUAGACCGGCGACGGAGAGCCUCCCUGGCUCUUACCUUGAACUUCCUCGCCCUGUUCCUCGCGAUGUGCGCGCUCACCACCAGCUACUGGUGCGAGGGCACGCGGAAGGUGGUGAAGCCGUUCUGCACGGGACCCAUCACGACCAGACAGUCGUUUUGCAUCAGGUUUAACAGUUCUAACCUCAAUGACACCCGCUUGGUCCAGUACAUCUGGGAAACGGGCGAGGACAAGUACCUGAUGAGGAAGUUUCACACGGGCAUCUGGUUCUCGUGCGAGCAGAACGUCAACAUGACGGGUGAAAACUGCAGAAGUUUCUUGUAUGUGGCGCCUUCAAAUGAAAGAGGCGUGCUCUGGCUGUGUAUUGUGGCCGAGUGCCUGUAUAUUCUCCUGCUGGCCACCGGGGGAAUGCUAAUGUCCAUCGAAGUGUGUCAGAUUGGAAAUGUCAUCGAUGGUCUCAAGCUGAACGCCUUCGCCGCCAUCUUCACCGUUCUGUCAGGUCUGCUAGGCAUGGUGGCCCACAUGAUGUAUACCACAGCCUUUCAGCUCACGGUCAGCCUGGGCCCGGAGGACUGGAAACCACAGACAUGGGACUACAGCUGGUCAUACAUCCUGGCGUGGAGCUCCUUCACCGCCUGCAUGGCCUCCUCCGUCACCACCAUCAACCGCUACACCAAGACCAUCCUGGAGUUCAAGCACAAGCGGCGCAACAUCGAGAAGAACCUGAAGAUCAAGCAGCGGCUGCUGGAGCUGGACUCCCCCGAGCAGGUGUGGGACAUGUACAUCAGCUCCGUGCCCAGCACGGCCCAGGAGCUGCUGGACCUGUCCUCCGCCUCCACCGCCAACGGGGGCCGCAAGCUGUCUGGAGCCUCCGUCUUCCUGGACCUCAACGACCUGCCCCCCCACGACCGCCACGGGGAGGAGUACUGCUGAAGGG